UAUGCUAAAAUAAGAGGAAUAGUACGAACAACCAGAGCAACAAGAAUAACAAAGGGAAUAUGUUAAAACAGCACUUUCUAUUUGUGAGUUGAAUUAUAGACUAACUUAAAAGGAAAAUCAAUAUCUUUAACAUAAUAGGAUUGAUGUUGACUUCAGAAAAUAUUUGAGUUCAUUUAGUAUCAUUAAAAAGAAGGAUUAUAACAUAAGUUAGAUCUAGAAGUAAUAAUAUCCUUUUUAUAUUAGAAUCUUCGAUCGUCAAUGUGGCGAAUAUGAUCUAAUACUCUUGAAUGAAGGUCGAGAUAAAAAGGAAUACAAGAAAAUGCUGAUCAAACUUUAAAGGAUUUAGAAGAAAGCAUGGAAUUUGAAUUUGGAUAAGAGAGAAGAUAUUAAAUAAGUAUGUAAUGCUUAUGAAUUCCCAGACAAAAUUUUAGAUGAAAUUGCUUAAACUAUAAAGAAUUACAAUAGAGAAUGA